ACACCAUGACAACAGCAGCGCGCGAACGCUGGAAUCUGUGCAGCUCCCGCGAAGCCAAAUAUGAAGACAAGAUGCCGCUGUACGCGCGCAAGACGCACUUCUUCUCUUAAAAUACUCUUCCUUACGCUCGUUCCGCACUUUUGGAGGAAGACAACCGAGAUUUGCAAAACCACCUGUAUCUAACGCAAGUAUCCGUGUCAGUUAAAUACCCCUGAUGGGCAAUUCGUUAAAAAUCUGAGCCGUAGGAACUACGCCGAUGUCGUCCCUUUAUUAAAAUAAGGGCUCGGUGGUUGCGCGCUUCGGAGUGAUGAAAUGCGCAUUGGAGUAAGGGAUGCUCCUCAUGGCGUUUACGCGUGGAGAACCCGUCGGUGUGUGUGUGCCGUGUGCGUAAAUGUACGUGUAAGUGUGUGUGAGAGAUUGUGAAGGAAAACGAGGCUUUAUUUGCUUUCUACGAACCCCGCGCUUCAUUUCGCGGUGGAAAUAUGAGGAUCUCCAGAGGACGCGGCUGAUAAAUAGUAUUUCAGACUCCCCUGUCACAUAAGAAGACAAUACCACCAGCACGGAGAACCCUCCUCAGAGACCCCCUGUUUGAUACGAGGGGCGAUUAAAUAUCCAUACAGUGAAGCGCAUCAGCAUCCAUCAUGAAUCCCAUGUCACACCUGUACUACAAAAAGAGCAGCUACUCUCCGUACCGCGACCGGAUCCCACUCCAAAUAGUCCGGGCAGAGGUCGAACUUUCUACAGAGGAGCGUUCCUUCCUUUCCGCCGUGGAGAAGGGCGACUAUGCGGGUGUCCAGCACGCUCUGCGAGAGGCUGAAGUGUAUUACAAUAUCGACGUAAACUGCGUGGAUCCGUUAGGUCGCAGUGGGCUGCUAAUCGCCAUCGAGAAUGAAAACUUAGAGGUGAUGGAGCUUCUCCUGGAUUACGGGGUGAACACCGGAGAUGCCUUGCUCUACGCCAUCCGCAAAGAAGUGGUGGGGGCUGUGGAGUUACUGCUGUCCCACAGAAAACCCAGCGGCGAGAAACAGGUUCCAUCCUUAAUGAUGGACGCCCAGUUCUCAGAAUUCACGCCCGACAUCACUCCCAUUAUGCUGGCUGCCCACACGAACAACUACGAGAUCAUCAAACUCCUGGUCCAGCGCAAGGUCACCAUCCCCAGGCCGCACCAGAUCCGCUGCGACUGCGUGGAGUGCGUGUCCAGCUCCGAAGUGGACAGCUUACGUCACUCUCGAUCUCGCCUCAACAUCUACAAAGCCCUUGCCAGCCCCUCUCUCAUUGCCCUCUCCAGCGAAGAUCCCAUUUUGACUGCCUUCAGGCUGGGCUGGGAACUCAAGGAGCUCAGUAAGGUCGAGAACGAGUUUCGACAGGAGUACGAGGAACUUUCUCAACAGUGUAAGCUCUUUGCUAAAGACCUGCUGGACCAGGCACGUAGCUCCCGUGAGCUGGAGACCAUACUCAAUCACCGUGAUGACCAGAGCGAGGAGUUGGACCCGCGAGAGGGCAGAGAUCUGGCCAAACUCAAGCUGGCCAUUAAAUACCACCAAAAAGAGUUUGUGGCUCAGCCGAACUGUCAGCAGCUCUUGGCCACGUUGUGGUACGACGGUUUCCCAGGAUGGCGUCGCCGGCACUGGGCGGUGAAGUUGGUCAUGUGUAUUAUUAUCGGCCUGCUCUUUCCUGUCUUCUCCAUCAUCUACCUGCUGGCUCCUAAAAGCACUUUAGGGCUCUUCAUCAAAAAACCCUUCAUCAAAUUUAUCUGCCACACGGCCUCCUACCUCACCUUCCUCUUCCUCCUCCUGCUGGCCUCGCAGCACAUAGCACGCACCAACCUACACAUACAGGGCCCUCCGCCCACUCUUGUCGAGUGGAUGAUACUACCUUGGGUGCUGGGUUUCAUCUGGGCUGAGAUCAAAGAGAUGUGGGAUGGAGGUUUUAACGAAUAUGUCCAUGACUGGUGGAACCUAAUGGACUUCGCCAUGAAUUCUCUCUAUUUGGCCACAAUAUCCCUCAAGAUCGUCGCCUAUGUAAAGUAUAACAGUUCUCGUCCUCGAGAGGAGUGGGAGAUGUGGCACCCGACGCUAAUUGCCGAAGCUUUGUUUGCUAUCGCUAACAUCUUCAGCUCACUGCGGCUCAUCUCCCUCUUCACGGCCAACUCACACCUGGGGCCGCUGCAGAUCUCUCUGGGCCGGAUGCUGCUGGACAUCCUCAAGUUCCUCUUCAUCUACUGUCUGGUGCUGCUGGCCUUCGCUAACGGACUCAACCAGCUUUACUUUUACUACGAGACCAAGGCCGCAGACGAACCCAACCACUGCAAGGGAAUCCGCUGUGAGAAACAGAACAAUGCCUUCUCUACGUUAUUUGAGACCCUGCAGUCCCUGUUUUGGUCGAUAUUCGGCCUACUGAAUCUGUACGUGACCAACGUGAGGGCUCGGCACGAGUUCACUGAAUUUGUGGGCGCCACCAUGUUCGGCACGUACAACGUCAUCUCCCUGGUGGUUUUGCUUAACAUGCUCAUUGCUAUGAUGAACAACUCAUAUCAGCUCAUCGCUGACCACGCUGACAUUGAGUGGAAGUUUGCUCGGACCAAGCUGUGGAUGAGUUACUUCGACGAGGGAGGGACACUCCCUCCUCCCUUCAACAUCAUCCCAAGUCCCAAGUCAUGCUGGUACCUGUGUCAAUGGGUGCACAAGCGUCUCUGCGGGUCAGAGGCUGCUCCGCCUGAAGAACCCCACAAACACGAGAACCUGAAGGAAUUCACGGAAAAGCACGCUGACAGACUGAUCCAAAAUCAGCACUAUCAGGAGGUCAUUCGAAGUCUGGUGAAGAGGUACGUGGCAUCCAUGAUUCGCAGCGCUAAGACGAACGAAGGCCUGACGGAAGAGAACUUUAAGGAGUUAAAACAGGACAUUUCCAGCUUCCGCUACGAAGUUUUGGACCUCCUCGGCAACCGGAAGCCGCCCCGGAGGAACUAUUCCUCCAGUAGCGAGGCCACGUUCAGAGACGAGGUCAGCGAUGACGGCGAGGUGUCGAGCAACAACUGUCACCACAGCGACGGCAGCAGCAUCGGAGCCAAGGGCGUGACUUUCAAAACCAACACGCCUUCGGAUCCCUCCUAUGGCGUCUCCGCCCUCUUCAGCUCUAUCUCCGGAAUAGAGGUCGCCACGGCGACGGCAGCAUCACCGGCGUACAGGGAGGGUAAACCAAAGAUCAACGGAUUAAGGAAGAACCCCUCGCCCUCCUCUUCCCUUUCCUCCGUGGCUCCGGCAAGACCUGCACUUUCACGGACGUGGAGGCGCCUUUCACGCUUCUCUAGCUCCAAGAAGAACUCCUUCAGACGGCUCGGCCUGCUCUUCUCACGCAUGGGCAGUCACCUUCCCCAGCCCGCAGGCGUUACGGCAGCAACCUACACUAUCUCAGAUGGAUUGCUUCACCCACCCGGGGCUUGGCAGGACUUAGGCUUCACCAGGGGUGAUGGUCCUGUCACCCGCAGUGAGACCAACCUCAAUCGGGUGGAUGUGGCCACUUUAAAUGAGGGCGACAGUGUUGCCAUGGCAACUAAUGGACAGAGAGAUAACGUGAGGGAUGUUUUGCUGACAUUAGGACCUCUUUCCCCACCCACCUCCCUCCACUGUGCUUCCAAUUUUUCAGCUUCCAGUUCCCGCCUCCUGGACUCCAGCGAGGACGUGUUCCAGGGAUUGGUCGGGCCUUGUGAAGGACAGAUGCGAGACACCUCCCACUGGGUUACUGAACAGGAUGAUUCGGUGACCACGCAGCUAUAGUAUUGCUAGUAUGUACUGUACAGCACUUUGAUAAUAACAAUAAUCAGUGACGAUAUCAAUAACUAUUACCUUAACCACAACCGAUUUCUUUCUUUUAUCGCAUUUAGUUUGCUGCUGCAAUAUUAGUAUUUUCUCUCUGAGAUUUAACCAAAUCGAAAGCUAUUUACGAGGUGGAUGGAAUGACGGACAACAGAAAGGUUUAGAAGAAACGGAAACAUGUCAUAACCAGCAGAAUAGACAAAAGGGUUCAUUAGAAAUACACAAAUAUUUGGAUAAGUCAUCUGAGACAUUUAUUCACCAGUUUACCACUUCAUUAUCUAUUUGUGUUGCUCUCUCUCUCUCUGUACCACUUUGACAUGCUGUGGAAGCCAGCAGUUCUGUUUCAGACAGUUGUGUGAAGAAUUUCAAAAUACAGAUGCUGAUGAUGACGGUGUCGAAAUGACAGAAAAAUCAUUACAAUCAUUUAAAAUGAACAUAAAAUCAUGUCGACCAGGUUUCCUUUUUGUCGUAUAUGUGCAUGGUCUUACUACGCACAAAUCAUCAGCGCACAUCACUCCAAAGAGGAAAAAAUGUUCGUCUUUAGAAUUGUUCAUCAAAAUGUAACAAUUUUGUAUCUGAAAUUACUUCCUUGUCUGACGUCGCCUAAGCCAUGCAGACUUUUGGUGAAUGUUGCCAAAUCUAUUGCUGGUUAACUUCAAAGCUGCAAUCUAUCAUUUGAUUGGUUAGUUCAACUUUAUUUAAAUUUAACCCAGGUAAGAUAAGUACUUAAAGUUGCGAUUUUAUGUUUCAAACAGAGAUGGCGAUAAAGAGACUAAAUUUAUGGAUUGCAUCAUUAAUAUUGACUUUUUUAAUUAAUAUUUAAAAAAUCUCUAACAGCCAGUUUAUAGAAAAUGAAUUAAACGCUGUUGACAAGUUCAUUUUAAUACUUUUUGUUGGUUAAAUAUUUACAAAAUCCACAGACAAACAUGAAGGUGGCCAAUUGUAAUAUGUUAUGAAAAAAUUGGAGAUAUGAGGUUUCAGUCCGCCAGCGACGAUAUAAUAACAUUUCAGCAAUAAUAGCAAAUAAUGAUCAAUUUAAUGAAGAAGUUAUCAUUGGUGAACUUUAAGAUGCUUGUGUGUCUCAAACCUGUUGUCAUUUUAAAUCUGUGUGACUUUCUUUCUUCUGCAGAACACAAAAGAAGAUAUUUUGAAAAAUGUUGGUAACAAAAACCGUUGGUCCCUAUUCACUUGCGUUGGUUUUGUGUCCAUGCAAUAGAAGUCAAUGGGGACCAAUGUUUUUAGUGACCAACAUUUUUCAAAAUAUAUCCUUUUAUGUUAUGCAGAAGAAAGAAAAUCACACUGGUUUAAAAUGACAACAGGAUGAGUAAAUGAUGACAGAAUUUUCAUUUUGAAGGUGAACUUUUCCUUUAAAAAACUAUCUACCAAUUCGUUCCAUUUGUCAUCCUGUUCCAUACAGUACAUCUCACCAUUGUGCACUGAAAGCAAUGUCACUUCAUAAUCGUUGGUUUCAUUUAUUAAAUAUAGUUUGUGUUGGAACGUGUACAUCACAAGAAACAUAUCUUAUAUAUACUGUAUGUGACAGGAUAUGAUGUUCAUGCAUCUCUCGGUGGUACAGAUGUGGUAUUUUACGAAGGAGCUUACUUGUAAGCUAAUGCUGUUUCUCACCUGGUGUAACAGUAAGAUCCUUAACCUUAGUGCUAUAAUACAUGCACAUCAUAGUCUGGGAUUACUCAUGUUAUGCACCCGGAGGGCUGAAGUUAUGCUAGAAUCUAACAUGACUGAAAUCUUAUUUUUGUAUUUUGAAUAGCAUGUAUAAAUGAUUUAAUUUCAAGACUGUUUUAGUCUAGACAGACUUUAUUUAUACAGUAUAUAUAAUAUAAUAUAAUGUUUUGGGAGUUCUCUUUUUCGUUUGACUGCUUUACUUUUUACUAUGUGUGAAUAUUAAUUAGUAUAUUAUAAUAAUCAGGUACAGGGGAAAUGUCCAGGGACAUGCAUCGAAUAUGAAAUCCCCCUAUUGUGCGAUGAUGAAUGCUGACAAAACAUAUACAGCGCCUGCCAAAAGCACUCUGACGUUUAAUCAACUUCAAAACACACUAAAAUUUGGCAUUGUUUCACGAUUCAACUUGAUCUUUUGAUUAUAUAUUUAUUCCUUAAAUUGAAAUAAAAAUGUCAAGAGAACCCCAUAAUCUACACUCUUAGUAGCACAUUCUUAGUAGACUGAUGCAUUCAUGGCUGCAACAGUGUGCUCUUUAAAAUAAUAAAAUGUGGGGAGUAAAUCCUUUGUGUUUAAACAUUUUCUAACAUAGACGAAUGUAAGUUACAGUGCAGAGUUUCUGUGCCUUGAAAUAAAACAUCACAAAGCACACAAUUUCAGCGUAGGACUGUGUAAUCCAGUCAAAUGAGAGAGUUGGUUAAGGUCUGAAUACUUUCGUCAAGGCGCUGUAAAUGCUUGUGUAAACACUUGAAUGAAAUACACGCUCUCUUGUAUGAUUCUUACAUCAGUUUGUACUUUUCCUUGGAAACGUGUGAACAUAUGAUAAAGACUAAAACGUAGUUCUGACAGCCAGAAUCUAAGCUCAAGGGAAUGCCGAAUAUGCAGAUUCAAUAAAGCAGAGUAACCGUG